ACAAGGAAUUAAAGAUAUAUUUAGGCUAAUUGGAAUUAUGACUUGUCAGAACUAAAGUGAAUAUAUCUCGAAUCUACGAGUUACGACUUGUCAUAGUUUAAAUAGCGAUAUCUGGAAUUCACGUUUUAGAUAGUCAAAACUGAACUGUAGAUAUUUGUAAUGUGAAUCCAGUCAGGCUAUUAGGCCUAAAUGUUGAAAGGGCAAGCUUGCCAUAGGCCGUGGAAAAAGCGCCGUUUUGAGAAGGCAAACAAGUUUCCCUUCUGUUUCUUAUACAGUUAUUCUUUAAAGAUUCAAGUUUUCUGUUUGGAACCUCCUACUGAAAACUGGAAUCUUCCAAUACGGCGUUGUGACGCUUAUUGCAGAAAAAUCAUAGAGCCGAUAACCGGUUCAGUUACACAGGACUUCUGUGACGUAAUACGAGAAUGCGCUCAAAGAAUAUAAAGCCGUCAUUUUGAUUACUGUCCAUUCUUAAGAAAUCACGGCCAGCGUGUCGCUAGUUUGAUUUUCUUUACAGCUUACACUUUGGACAGUGUCUUGCACUUGUGUCGAGAUCGAAUCCUAAGUGGUGCUGAACCCCGUUGGUGCACUGGCCAAGAUGGCUCAAAAUAAAACGAAAAUGUUUUCGCGAGGCAAACUUGGGGAAGGGCUUGGUGGGUACCGUUCCACCCCAUUCAACCUCAGGGACACAUCCAUGCCGGAGUAUAACAGUCUGCAUGACCCACACCUGUGCAACUACUACCAGCGCAAAAGUAUGCAGAAAUUACUGAGGGAGAGGAACCUCAUUACAGAACAAAAUGAGGUCAUCUGCUCCAUGCAGGAUGUUAAAAUACACAACACGCUCCUGCAACAGCAACUGGUCCUCUCUCAAAGAAGCUUUGGUGAGACUCAGAAAGCCAAAAUGAUGGCCUUCCUGAAAGACCAGGAAAAAGGUUUAGCCAGCAAGGACAUGACCCUUACAGAAUUCAGAGAGGUUAUGCUGGAAGAGGAGCUAAAGAUCAUGCGCAAACUGAUGAGAUCGGAAGUGGCUCGGGAAAGAAAGUAUUGCAAGGGCCCAAGACCAAUCAGAACUGAGGAAGAGGAGAGUAGACGAGAACUGGAACUGAUGAGCUGGAAAGUUGCGGAAAGGGAGGUACUGCGGAGGAUUGAGUGUGAUGCCAGACAUGAGUAUAACUUAAAGAAGAUUCACAGAGAGACCCAGGAGAGGAGGGAAAGACAGAAGGUGGUGGCAAAUGAGCGAAAGAAUGCCUUCCACCAGAAACAAAGAAUGGAAAAGCUGAAGACAUCAGAGGCAUCUGUGGCUCGGGAGCUGGCCAAUUUAAGACGCACUGCCCACUAGAGCAGCAGCCAGAAGGGUCGACAGCUUUAAGGAUGUUUCCCAACAUCUCGUCUAAAGUUAUGGGCAUCAGGGCUUAACAUUCAUUUUUGGUUUAGGGGGAUCUCCCCCUUAUGAGUAACUAUUUGGGGGGUUCAAAGGUUUAGGGGGGAAGUGGGAGCGGCGAGGGAUGGGUGGUGGUAGAAGCGGUGAUGGAAGACAAUUAGUGAGGAAGGGCACUGAUUAGGCCACAAGGCCAGGCUAGCAGUUGGCUUUCCUAUUGAUCCCAAAGGUGUUGGAUAGGGUUGGGUUCAAGUCAAGUUCUUCCACAUCGUUCUUGACUUCAAACUGUUGGGGAAGCACAGAAUCGUCUGGAAUGUAAUUUUAUGCUGUAGCAUUAAGAUUUGCUUUCACUGUUUGCGCUCUGCUCCUGCCGAAUGGUUGAAGCUAAGCAGGUGUGGGCUUGGUUAGUACUUGGAUGGGAGACCACCAGGGAAUACUGAAUUGCUGCUGGAAGUGGUGUUGGUGAGCCAGCAGGGGGCAAUCUUCCCUCUGGUCAAAAUUUAAAAUGCCCCAGUGCAGUGACGGGGACACUGUGCUGUGGGAGAUUCCGUCUUUCAGAUGAGACGUUAAACCGAGGUCCUGACUCACUGUGGUCAGUAAAAGUUCCCAUGACACUUAUCGCUCAGAGUAGGGGGUUCCCCGGUGUCCUGGCUAAAUCCCAGAUCUGGCUCUCGCAAACUGCCACCAAAAUCAUCCCCAGAUUUAAUUGGCUAAAAUAUGUUCUCUCCCUCUCCACCUUCGCUAAUGUGUGGUGAGCUUUCUGGCGCAAAAUGGCUGCCAUGCAUCACCCAGGUGGGUGCUACACAUUGGUGGUGGGUGAGGUGAGUCCCCCCUGACUGUAAAGCACUUUGAGUAUUCAGAAAGGUGCUAUAUAAAUGCAAUGUUAUUAUAUUAUUAUUACUGUUUCUUAGGGGCCUAGCCCAAACCAUGAAAAUAGCCCCAGUGUUAUUCAGAUAUAGUGUAAAUUGUUAAUCAGACCAUACUCACAUUAUCAAGUUCACUGGGGAGAAAAGAGCAAGGGAGGUGGGUGGUUGAGUUGAGUCAUGUAUGCAUGUUAUAACACAGCUCUUUGAGUCCCACAGGUUUUCCCCCUUCGCAGUGCAUGGUCAGCAUGCUCAACAGUGUUGAAGCUACGGACCAAUGAUGUGGUGCCAAACCAACAUAGAGGCCAGGGCCUGGCCUUUUUCCCCAGUGAGGAGGGUGUCUAAUCAACUGUCUGGCUCUGAAUAAUUAAUAUUGAAGUUUGUGCUUAUGAAAUUGGAUAUUUGGAGGUAUCGAAAAGUUUCUACUUUAGAUAGAUUAAACCGAUUUGUGAUUUCAUUGAAAGUUAAGACCUUAUUAUCAUCAAUUAUAUCUUUUAUAUGUUGUAUUCCCUUCUCUUCCCAUGUUGUCCAUUCAAUUGUUUUGUCCUGUAAGGUUAUCCAUUUGUUAUUCCAUCAUUUUGUGCUUUUUGGCAUUGUAAUCACUUCUCCCAAUAUAUUCUUCAUUGUUUUCCACAUUUUAAUUGUAUUAUUGAUUAUAA